GGAUUUGUUGACGGAAGUUCUAUAAAUUCUCUGUCGAUGGUGAAGCACUUGAAGUGAGUGAUUCUAAACAUAAUCAUUCACGAUUUUUGGGAAACCUUCGAGUUACAUUUGAGCAACUUUGAACGAGGUUUGGAUGGUGGGACUACAUCAAGAACAAGCGGUUAUGCUGGUUAGUCUAAAAAUAUGAAUAUUAGUAUAAUUAGAUUUUACAGCUGUACGUACUUCAUAGGAGAUUUGUCUGUCGAACCAGAUCAAGUUCGAUCGUAGAAUUUUGUUGUGUUUGAGAGUCUCAGAUCUCAAGAAAUCGAGGUUAAAUGUCACGUAACAUGACUACCGCAAGACAAUCGUCAUUUCAUUCGAUUUGACAAGUAAGCUUACACGCUAAUAUUGAAUGCCCAUCGGGGUUGAAUGCUUCUAUAACUUUGUUUCCGGCAUCUUUAUCACCUGCUUUACUUUUAUCGAUCGCUGCUGCACUCGCUUUUUUUUUCUUACUUAAAGGACAAUUCAGUUGUAAAACGGGUCACAACUUCUACAUUUCAACAAAAAUUCACUCGGUAGUUCUAGUCGAUUAGCGAUUUUCAAUAGCGUAGAGUGGUUUAUUUGUUCCUCCUAGGAUAUUCUGUCAUCUAUGAUAUUGUCGAAGAAUUAAGUUUUUAAUUUUUGUUUUUUCAACAUAGCUAGUCUUACUGAAAGUAACUUUUUUGUUUUUUUUUUCCCUCGGCUAUCUUUGAAUGAUGUGUACGGUUUCAGCCUUUAAGUUUAAGGGUUGAACCCUCGCAUGCUCGCACAUGCCUUGUUUCAGCACUUUGUUGUGUCUGCAACAGCAUGGUAAAGAAAAUGUUAAUAUAUUUACCUGAAUAAGAAAAGGACAUAAAAUUCCAUGCAGUAAUAAUUACAUUUCAAAUGCCAGCAGCCGAAAAUUAAACUCCAUGAAUCAGUCAAUUUCCACUCCCACUAUCUGACACAUGAUGACAGUCUUCUGAUGGCAAGAUAUAUUGGGUUGCUCGACAGCUCUUUAGUUUACCGCUCAUAAACGUAAGUCAGUUUAUAACACUCAUGUAUGCAAGAGUUCAUAAGUUGAUGGUUAUAAUUUUAUUAACUACACCAAAUUGCAGCAAAAACCAGAGAUAACAUUUAACUCUGGACAGAUUUACAUCAUUAUUAUUGAUGCACAUGUCUCUCUAGCAUGUGCCAUGCAUUCGGAUAGUGGAGUGUGGCUCGAAGUAAGAGAGCGGGAAAAAAUAAGGAGGAAGAGAGGGAGGGGGAGAGAGGAGGGAAAAAGUUGUCAAUCAAGCAACGGGCGACAAACCUUGCUGUUAACUGAAUUAUUUCGGAAAAAAUAUGUAUGUGUUGUGGUUCAAUUUUAUCCUUGGUUUAAAUUUUAUUUUCUUUUGUUUCAAACUCAUUAUCAUACAUUACCAUACCCAAAAACAAAAGAAAAUAAAAUUUAAACCAACGAUAAAAUUGAACCACAACAUAUGUAUUCAGAAAAAAAAAAUCUUUUAUAUUUGUUUUCAGCAAACAAAUAUAUCCCUUACCUCUAAAAAUGGAAGAACUGGCAAGCAACACCCGUUCCACUUUCUCUGCCGGUGGUAUUCACUCAGCAGAUCAUAUGCUAGCUGCUGUUGGGUGUACCGGAACAAGCUUUUAUUAAAAAGUACUAUAGGCAUUCCCUCACUCUCACCCCCAACCCCACCCCCUCUCUGUUUUUUUGUUUCUGCUCACAUCUCUUUGCAUCUUAUGUCUCUCUCACAAAACGUCUCCAGCAGAUCAGGGUUUUCAGAGAGUUUUGAAGUAGAUGGUUGAGUUGUCAAAGUAAGGGGCCAGUCCAGCGAUAUUUUAUUCAAAAAAUGCCAUCCAUAAAGAAAUGCCAAGUAGGGUAGUCAGCCGAUACUAACCAAGAAGGCAGGGAUUUUUCCCAGCAACCUGCUACUUUUGACAACCCUGCAGAUGGUGGCAAUGUUUACAGACUAGCCUGCAGUUACACCAACCACCGUAUUUUUUUAUCAACAUUGAUGAGUCCCUGGAAUGUGAAAUAGUCCAACAAUCUUUUUCAGUCAGAUUGUUUAUUUUUUUUAAUGAUUACACAAGAAACAUCUGGUUUAGCAAAGACAGACUCCUAAGUGAGAAAAUAAUAAGUAAACAGAUUACAAAGAAAAUCACAAGUACCAUUAAGAUGGCUUACGAAAAGUUUGGAAAUGCUUAUUUGUUCACUUUUGAGAAGUUUGAACUUGAUUUUUUAAAGGAAAACAGAGUCUCUUUAUAUUUUUGUUUGAUAAUAAUCAAACAUGAGGCAUAACAUUGCAUGAAGGAUGGGGUAGGGGGGGGGGCUCCAUUUUGCCUUUUCGACAAUGGUAAAAUAUCAGAAAGGCCAUUUGGAGCAAAGUGUCUCAACUAAUUUUGUUGCUAAUACCGCCUAGGGUGGACUUUAUCAAUUAGCACAAUCUGAAGAGGUUGUAACUAGAUUUUAAAACUGGAUGGCUUCAAGAUUUGGUAGAAACAAUUUUUAGUUUCUGAAGAGCUUAUUUUUAUUUGAAAAUUUUUUUGCCCUGUCGCAUGAUGAAUAAGUGUAAUGAAAAUACUCACUAACAGUGCAGCCGACACUUAACUGAGCUGUUGAAAAUCCCAAGGCACGUUAAAGUACUUAUUCAAACCUCUGAGGUAGCAACGUAAAGUGUAAAGUUUGAUUCUGCCAGUAAGAAUUCAUUGUGCUGUUGCAAAUUAUUUUAAUUAUCCCUUAAGUUCCACAUGAUUUUGUCAGAGUCUGCUCGGAGGUAGCCUGCGCUGCAGAUGUAAUCAAACCCCAGAUUGUAAGGUCUGUGAAAAAGACUCAGAGUCCUUGUUCUACGCCCCCACCAGUGUACCAGGAUCUGAGUAAGCAUAAUGAUUGGCCUGUUAAAGAAGCCAUUGUCAAUUUGCCAAUCAGCUGGAAAGGAAAUUCAAAACGCACUUCCAGUAAUAUUUUUAUUCCCUGAUAGGGGGCUCUGAACAAGGAUCUUGGUGUAGCUUAGCAGGCAUAACUAACCCGGGUUUGAUUAUGUGAGGGGGUAGGGGGUACUGUGGAUUCCAAGGGAAGGGAAAAUCAAAGGAUUUUUGUGGGGGUUGAAAAUUCUUGAUUGCAGGAUCGUGUGGGGUUGGAAAAUUUGGCAAAUAUUUAUUUCAGGUACUUUCUGGGUUGUAAUUUUUUUGCCCUUAUUCGAUUAUUUCCAUCUCUUGAAAUAUUAACCCCUUCCCCCAGGUAAAACCGUUUUAGGCUGUGAUCUGGGGACAUCGUCAGCUGUAGGGAUUAUGGGUAUUUUUGAGGGCAAAGAAAAGUCAUAACUUUGAAAUCAGCCGCAGCAUUGAGUUUUCAAUCGAAAAUUCGGUAGCUCUAAGGAAGAGUAAAUGGAAAUUCAUUUUGAAUUAGUUUUCUUAAAACAUAAAAUGGAAAAACAAAAAUUUUUGUUUUGAUUCUUCAAGUAGUGAUCGGUGGAAUUUCAGAUCACUUUUUCUAAUCUUCCAGGGAGCGAGGACGGCAUUUCUUAGAAAUAGGCUGGAGUGUAAGGCGGCCAAAACAUGCCGAAAGAUACCGAAAAAGACACCGCUAAGUGCUGAAAGUUACCGAAGUCAAGACUGAAGAAAAUAUGCUGAUAGUCGCGGCGAUCCAAACAGAAGCUCUGUUGCCGAGACGAAAACGAGGAUAUCGGAGAUUUUAUCAGACUUAAUGUCGCAAAGUCAUGUUCUUAAAGUGGUAGAAAAUUCCCAAUGUUUUCUGAUUUUGAUAAUACCACAUUUGCUCGUUUCUACGAUCCGUUGAUAGGGAAACGAAAAUACGUACUUAAGAAAAUCGUGAACGGAUGCGUUUUCAUCCUCUUCUUGAGGAUGGUGUGUUUGCCGCGCGAGAACCAGCACGCGCGAUGAACACGCGUGCGUUUGCGUGUGGUCUUGUUCCAUUUUCAGGAAAAAAAGUUAUUUUUCCUCUCUACAUUUUUGCCGAAAAAAAUUUGGAAAUCUGUUUACCUGUGAGUGCCUUUUCGAUGUUGGCGAAAAGAUUUCUGAAAGAUAUUAGCUGUACAUUGUAAAACUGCGCCCAUUUUUUUUUUUUUUCUCGGUUCUUUUUCUGUCCUUUUUUGCCUUUUCAUUAAUAACGCCGCUUCAAGUCGGAACAGCCAGCCUACUUUUCUUUUCAAAAAUUAAUUUGAAUCGCAAUUCAUGAAUAUAUCAACGAACUACUUGUCCUUGUUCAGUCAAGUUCAAGCGAAAGUUUAGCCGUUCAGCAGUUUUGUUUUUUAGGUUAGGAGAUCGUCUCCGCAUUGGGUAAACGUGUCGAAACAUUUACCACUUUUCGCAGGUGAGUAGCGACCAGCGGGAAGCCUUUGUAGUAGAUCGUCGGUUUCUUCUUUUCUUUUUUUUUUUCUAAUUCUUCAUUUGAGGCGGCGUCGUGUCGAUUCGCUUCUCUGAGUGCAUCAGACGCAGCCGCCGUUUUUUGAGGUACUGUGGCACAUCAGUGUGUUUUAUUUCAUAGGCUGCUCGUACCAGGUCAAUUAUAAUUAGCAUAGCUUACGACUGCUUUGGCAGCACGGAGUUUACGUAGCGAUGUCGUUGCUCUGUAUAAAGGAAGAGUAUGGAAGCAUGAAACCUUGCAAGGUAACAUUAAUUCCCUACAUGUUUUACUUCAAUGGAACAAUUUCAAACAACGCUGAAAAAAAUCCCGGGUGAACGUUACAUCGCAGAUUUUUUAACGUGUAACAAUGACCUUAGCGAGCGCAUGCUGCAACAUCCGUUGUAUCGUCUCGUUUUCGUGCUUGUUUUUUAGUCUUGUUAUUUUUACAUGACAGUUUUUCUUACAAACUUGGCAGGUGGAUAAUUUAAGACAGUGCCUAACAAGUCAUUUAUGGUCUGCAUUUUCUGUGUUGUUAACUUGAAACAUUUUUUAUGGAAGAAUUCUAGUUAUCGUAUAAAUUGUUUCCGUGGCACGCGGCCCAAUAAUUGUUUUAUGUUACCCCUUCUAAACUGUUCUUUAACGGUGAACUUUCGUUUUGAAACAACUUCAAGAAUGCUUUUGAAAUUGUUUUCGACAUCUUGUAUGCGACCAUUUGGUUUUCUUUAUUCGUGACUGUUUGAGGUAUGAUAUGAAUUUCGUAAUUUCAUGUUUUUGCUGCUCGUUCAUUAUUACGAAAGGGUUCAUUUGAAUAUAACGGAAAUUUUAUUUCGUCAAAUAUCAGACACUCCUCUAAUAGAAACUGUUGCGUCAAACUUAUUUGUUAACAUAGCCUUCUAAUUCUCAACUGCAUUAAGAAGAAAAUUUGUUUUCAUAAUUCAUGAAAGUCUUGACAGUUUUUUGUCCCACAAUUUUAAUGCUAGACAGAUGACUGAAUACUUCAUUCUCUGCCAGACUUGAUUUAUAUUUUGCUUUGGUGUGGACCGCUUAAGAUAUCUUUCGCUUUAUAUUAUGAUUGUAUUGAAUAAGAGCUUUUUAAUGUCAAUAGUCAAUGGGAAGGGAAUAAAACAGAUCUAUAAAUGACAGAUAAUUCGACUUGAGCUAGAUGACCUCUCCUAUCGCCUUGAAAUCCACCUGCCCGCUUUUACAGUUUGCACGUGCGAAGCGAGAAAUUGUCUUGAAUAGGUUUAAAUUAACAUCAUUUGUCUUGUUUGUAAAAUGAUCUUGCUGGAAAGAAAAACAAAAGAUCCUUCAAAGGUCGCUUUUUCGACGUUUCCAAUAUAGCUUUAGAUUGCGAUCCGUUUUAUUUGUUUUUCAACCGGUCUUGUAGAGGCUUUGGUUCACAUUUCCUCCUCGGCCCUUGAAAACAAAACGUUUAUACCCCACGUCAGGGAAUUAGUAAAAAUCAGUUUUAAUGAAAUUAAAACUCGCUUUUUUAAUUCCUCAGAAUGAAAAUGCUCAAUCUCCCAUCUGUGCUAAAGUCUUGGUAGUUUUUUCUCUCUCUAAAGUAGCGUCUUGAAACAAAGAAAUGUUAUCUAGCAUGUUCUCCUCUCAUUUUCUUUUUUCAUAUUUGAAACUUAACUCUUCUCUGCCGUUAUAUGUUAGUUAACCAUCUUUUUUCAAUGGCUAUUAAAAUCCAUCUUGAUAUGAAAUGCUAUUUAUAUAUCGCAAUAAUGUUUUACAUUGCUAUAUGAUUGGCUGUAUUAAUUGAAAAAAAAACUUUUUGGCCCUAGAAUUUUCGUUCAAACUUUCGAUAUUGUCCGUAAUCUGCGUUUCAGGGCCUUUUAAGAAUCAUCCAAACACAGACCUCUUUCUUGAAUUAUUCAGUUUACGUAAGAAAAGCCUUUUGGUAAAUGCUGUGAGUAAUUUAGCGUACCUUGUUAAAAUUACUAUAAUGAUCUCUAUGUAUUUUGAAAUGCAGUUUUAUAUUUGUCCAGAUUUGAAUUUGUAUGGACUCGUUGUAGAGUUAAUGUUUUCAAACUUCUUGUGACAUUUUUGUGUAUUGUCACUGUUUCCUGCGAGUUUGGACAAUUUAUUCUCACCUCCCAGCCAUAUAUGAUCAUUAUUUUAAUUUAAAGUACGUUUCAGUGUCCUGAUCUAAUCAAUAAUUCAUCAGCCUAAACCUUUCAGUUCUAACAAUUGUCCAGAAACUAAAACAGCGCAUUAAAUACCGUUAUUUCCGGUGGCGAAACAUAUUACGACUCAAUUGACACCGUCUUUAUACGUUUGAAGACUUACUGUACCUUCUUAGAAAGUGAAUCUCCAAAACAGAAAAACACUGACAGCUUAAUUCUUAAAACAGAGCGGAAAACGUUAACACACCUUUGGUAUAAAGCGAUAGUUGUAAUGUAAACGAAUCAGUUUGUCUCAUCCACGUGAGUUAAUCGAAAAUCGAGUUCCCCUUGUUUGCGUUUUCAAAUUUCUUUCGUUUAAUCGCUAAUGUAAACUGGAGUAACGCCAUUUAACUGAAAACUUGAAAUAUUUUUAGCAAAUGCUCGUGACCCACGCCUUUUAUUUACCUCCCAGAAAAUUCCAGCGAUUCAUCGCUUUUGUUUUGAGAGCUGUCGGGUACAGGAAAAUGCAAAUUGCACUGAACACCCUUUAGUUCUGCCUGUUGUUUCAAAAUACCAGAAAUGGUUGCUUUAGCACAACAAAAGUUAAGUGCACUAAAAACAAGUGAUAACAAAAGUGUAAUAAAUAAUAACGAAAGACUUAACCUUCCGUUCUUGACAAGGAUUUUUAUUUCUUUAUAUUACCCUAGCAGUAUUUCAAACGAUGAAAACACUGGCUUCCUCGAAAAGGAGAACAGGUUUUCGCGACAUUAUAAACUCACGAGAAAAAAGGAUUUGCUAAAAUGCUUAAUAUCUUUUUUAGUUUAAUUCGCGAAGAUUUCUCUAAAAUUUUGUUUCUGUUUUGUUGACUCGGCAUAUUGUAAUUUUUAACGUUUUCUCGUUAAUAUAAUGUAGUAGAGAUGCAGAAAGUAAAGGCGACUUAAGGUAUAAUUCAGGUUUGGUAAAGGUUUGGAUUUUCGGCAAUCUCGCGCAGCCUGUCCUAAAAAUAUUUUAUGACCUACCUCCGGGGUUUGAAAGUUUGAUCCAAAGCCGAGUGCGGAAAGUCGUGUUUACCAUUUGACAAUUUUUCUUCCGUUUUUCUGAAGAAAACGAAAACGAACUUUUAUGUAUGAUUUCAGUUGUUAAUUUCCUCAAAAGCAGAAAUUUUUGCUGUUGGUUCAGCUCAAUAUUUUUAACUUGGCCCGUUUUUCCCUCAAGAGACAAAACGCUUCGAAAGUACGUGUUGUGAUUCAAAAACAACGCAACUAAUGUAUUGAUCGCUGUGGCUGGUUUCAACACAUUCAAACACAACUUCAAUUUGAAUUUUAUACACAGAACUUGAAAUGUGCGUGAAAUUGUCUUGAGUGAAAAUCAAUUUAUAGUUCGGAAGCUGACCACAUUUCCAGCAAGUAGUAAAACUUAAAAUCUGUUUUUUCGUGUCGAAGCGUUCUUCGUCCAUGUUUGGGACGAGUCAAAGACUGAGUGUGUAAAACGUGCAUCACUUUAGCAAUAUUUGCCCAUUUCAAAAGCAACGUCCAGUGAUCAAUAGAAGACAAAAGGAGGCAACAUUUUGUAUGUUAUAUCGAUUUCCCUGAGGAGCUCUGCUCCUCCCACUUAAUCCAUUUGACCAAUCACAGCCCGGGAUCGCUUAUUAUUAUGUCAUGUUAUAUUGGCCUAUUUGAAACCUGCGAGACUUCGAACAAUUUUGAGUCUUGCGGGUGGUUUGGUCAGCCCCACAACCGAGUUAAAUACCAUCGCCUUCUUCCCGACCUCAUUGUGCCCGAGCUUACUGUUCUUUCAUUUCGCCAGAUGACCACUGCUUGCGAGGAAAAAUCUACGGCGACUUUUACUCGCGAAGUUGGUGACCAGUCCUCGGUAAGUAUUCGCGUUUUGGAUCAGUGCCUUGGUCUAACUUAUUACAGUAACGUAGUUUGGGUAGAAUUUUUUGUGUACUCGCUAACCUGUUAGAUGAGAAAUUGUUUGUUUAUCUUGAUGGAUAAAGGCAAACGAUUGCUGCAUGAAGGAGUAAUUUGAACAAAAGUGUGAUCCCAUGUUUUUAAAUCUUUUAGAUUAAUAUAAAGUUCUCUAGGAAGUUGAUUAAAACCUUGCUUCCUUUCUCUGAAUCAAUUUAACUAUGUUAAUGUUGUUCUCUAGAGUCAAUCGCCGCCUCGCGCGCGAAUCUUGCGAAAAGACUCCGUACGAGUAACAACCAGCUGAUUAAUUAUAUGCCUCCACAUAAAACGCAUUUCAUAGUGGCUGAUACAAUUUUAACCUUGAUUUUCUGUUAUUAGGCACACGGAGAGCAGUGCGCAGGCUGUAAAGGUCGAAUCAUGGACAGAUACUUAGUAAAAGUGAGCGGUAAAACCUGGCAUACCAGUUGCCUUAAAUGCUGCAUGUGUGGCCUUGAACUCGGGAAAGAAGCAACAUGUUACACCAAGGAGGACAAGAUCUACUGCAAAACAGAUUACGCGAGGUUUGUUCAGUUAUUUGUUUGUUUGCAUGAUCAUAUAUUAUGCUUCUAGCUUGUGGAUGGUUACGCGAUCUUUGCAAGAUUUUAGCUACCGUAUGAGAUAUAUAGUUCACACGACAUGUUGGCGCGACCAUACAUCAUGAAAGGCGUCGUACCUUUUUUAUCGUUCGAAUACACAAAACAAGCGCAAAGGCUUCAUUCACUUAUAGAAGUGAUAUUUAGGGGUUGUAUUCUGACUCAUAAUUAUUCGUAGUGGUGUUUUAACCAUGUUCGAUAGAUAAUAUAUCCGGCUUUCGUUGAAAUUUUUUUUGGUCAAACUCGUUCCAACGUUAAGGUAAACAGUCAUUUAAAUUUAGCGUCUCGAGCAGAAAUUUGCAGGUUUACAAACCUUUUUUUAUUUGUUAUACUGAUGUUUCCAUUAGGAAGCGAGUGAGAAUUAGUCUCACCAACCUAUUUUAUGCUGGACGGUAUUAAAGACCAUUAAACCGUAUAUGCUUGGAGAUUGGUGAAAUUAGCAUAUUCCAGUUUUCUCUUUACAUUGAAAAAUAUAGAGACGCUUUAUAGAAUAAAUGUCUUCAAUUUCCCACUCACGACUUGAAAAAUUAGUGCGGUAAGCAAGCUCUCUGUCGAAGUUUGAAAAUAUAUAAUCUCAUUGUGUUUUAUUUAUCAUUAUUUGCUUUCUUUGAGUAUUUAUUUUCAAGGUGAGACGGUGUGGUUCAUUUGUUUCGAUCUUCCUUGACCGUUAAACAAUCAGACGCCCGAAACGUAACAAAGGUUUUCCUGUGAGGUUUAAAAACCGAAGCUUCGGGCAAGAGGACUGAAUAUGGGGCAGAUUGUGUUAACUAUACCACAAAAGCUAUUUUUUAUGCAGUCAACAGCUAAAACGUUAAUCCUUUGACACGCCAUCCCUAACAAUAUCAGUUUUUUAAGUGUGCUUUUGAGUUACCAAACAGAAAGCUAAGCCUUUUUUUCUUUCAUGUUAUUCCUAAGACAUUUUAGUUCACUUUUGAGUUUCAUAUAGGCGUCAGAAAAAAGUACCAUGCGAUUUGCGAGUCAGAAUGCGCGGAUCGAAGCUUCCUUUCUGUUGUGGACAGAGCGACCAUCAACAGAGACAAAGUGACUGCAUUUGUGAAUAUCUCUGAUCCAUUUUAUCGCUUUCACCAAGGACGAUAAAGUUGUAAUUGUUUUUUUUUUCUUUUCGUCUGUGCGCCCUUCUUUUUAUUGUCUUUAUUUUCCUGUUUCCUGUACAUCAAGUGCGGUAUUUCUUAGCCAAAAUUUUUAGUUAGUGUUGUUUAAUUUCAACUUUGCGAUCUUUGAAUUUCCUGGCAUAGACAAGAAAGGUGGCGACGUAGAAAGCCACCUGUCUUGGACGUGUGAAUGUAAACAUAGCGAACUGUGUUUAAAAUGCAAACUGGUAAAUUAUUUUUGUCGCCUAGCCAGAAAAUUUAUGGGUAGCAUUGUGUCCAAAAAUGGGCGAUUUACCAGUUGCAAUUUAUAGGAAAAUAGUAAGCUUCCCUUGGAAAAAUUUCCGUAUGAUUUUAAACUCAAAUAAAUAAAAAUGAAGAGCGGAUAUUUUAUUUACUGGAAGUACAAAAUGAGGUCCCAUUAUUGCAACGAAUAUUUAUUCAGAAUUAAAAGUCAUAGACAAUCUCGUAUAACAUUUUGCUUACUUAUAAUUGUCUCAAUUUAGGAAAAAAACUUUCAGCCGUCAUUCCGUAGAAGAAAAUUUUAUUUUCCUUUUUAUUCGUAAAAUCUCCUCUUAAGUUUACGUGCAGAUUUUCCAGUCAGUAUGCCGGGGUAGGAUAUUGAAAAAAUAAUGAUAAUAAUAAAACAAUAACAAAAAAUAUAUGAUUGAAAUUCGGUAGCUUAACUUCUUCGAGGAGUGACCUAAGCCGGCACUGAAUGUUAAAUAGAAGUGUUUACCGCCAAAGCACUUGCAUCUCCUGUUUUUUUUUUAUGAGUGAGUUUGAUUUGGUCAAACUUCGCUCAAUGUAUUCUACUUACGAAGAAAAAGGUGAUGAAUCAAACCGAAGUGGUUUUAACGGUAAUCUGUCGUCCCUGGCGAUCGAAUAGUGUCUAUGAAUUUGUUUUUGUCACUUUUGGUAAUUGCGUUUAAUUUUGAUAGUAUAUUUACGCAAAUCUUCUGUUUAAUAACGCGCUUUUCUUCGUAAGUUAUCAGCGUUCAGGCUUUCGUGUGUCGUCAUUCACUUGUGUUCUUGAGGCAAGUUCUCAAGAGCUUUUUUCUUGGUGUUUUAACGGAGCUUUUUUUUUCGUUUAGAUGUUAUAGAAAUUAUAUGAAAGUGCGCUAAGGGAUCUUGUAUUCCUUCUUUUUAUGCGAGUGUUGUUUGUGCUCCGUUUUGGUCUUUGUCUGUUUCUGUUAAGUAGCGAUCUUGGGCAAUUACCAAAAGUCAGAACAAGGUAGCCAGACCGUUCACCUUGAAAAUAAGAUAGGCUUUCGGAGAGUUUUCGCCAAAAACCAUCUGCGCUGUACAUGGUAUUUACUGAUCUGAGUUAUGGUUAUUUUCUUUGCGAAUGGGCUGGUCUGGCCGGCGGACCCGUUCUGACAGAUGGUAAGCGCCAUUACUUUAUGCAUGGUUCUACCAUUAUUAAGCCUGGCGUUUUUAUUUCUGUGACAAAGCGUGUUUUACGCGCCAUCUCUCCGUUCACCGCCAUGCGGCUUCUAAAUCAGAGUACAUAAACCAUGUUGUUAUUUAUCUCCUCACAGACAGUAUGGUACCAAAUGUGCGCGAUGUGCUCGAAGCAUCCACGCGAACGACUGGGUACGACGCGCGCGAAGCAGCGUGUAUCACCUUGCGUGUUUCGCGUGCGACGCGUGUAAACGCCAGCUAUCUACUGGUGAGGAGUUUGCGCUUAAAGAAGGACAUGUUCUCUGUAAGUUACACUACAUGGAGAGUUUAGAGGUGUUCCUGCCCGACAACUCUUCUCAGGAAGGUAGGAGGAUUUUAUAGUCUUAUUUUGUAUAAUGGCCGAGAAUGUUUCGUGAGUAAUUCGCAGUGAAUUUGUUGCCGUUUUGUUCGAAGUUGUGCUAAUUUAGCGUAACCAAACAUGCUAAGCUGCUUAACAGUACUUUUCCUUGGUGCUGUACUUUUAUGCGGCACAACGGGUUUCAGUCCAGCUCGGUGCAGGGAUGCCAAAUGGCCAUUUGAAUAAAAGUUGAUGAGCAGCAUUUUCCUGUGGUGCUCAUUAUUAAUAAGGUGCACAAAGUGGAAUCUGUACAAAUUCUUAAGAUGUAAAAGGAGAGCUUCUCCUCCGGUACUGUGUGCUCAAAUUUUGCUAGAACAAGGCAGUUGUCGACUUGCCACAUGUUUUCCAUCGCUUGACUAUUUUGUAUAAACUGGAUUUCUUGCCUGAUCCCUUGGCCAUCGGCAAGAAAGCAGGAAAAGUUUCUCGCAUGAACGUUAGAACUUCCUUGUCUACCAUAUCGCUAUAGUGAACAGUUCUGCUUGGUGAGGUGUCUUCAGUUGAGUCGACGCAAUUCGUUCGGGCUUCAUCCACACAGUCACAAACGUUAAACUCAGUUCUAAAUAAGAAGUGUCAUUUGAAAGUGCACCCUGCCAGCACAGCCUUUCUUUCGCUUGCUCGAUUUUGGGGUGAACGGUCGUUUCGUCUACGCGUCGUUUCGCUAACGUCCCGUUCGCUAACGCCUUAAAGAAGCGAAACGAGCGCUGCGCAAGUAUAGACUUCGUUCUCUCAGCAAUGAUGAUCCAAAUACGUGCAACACGCAUGUAUAUAUCUCGUUGUUUCAGCCACUCAUCAAGCGAAAGCAGUUUGGGAACUGACCCAACACUUACACGAAACGACUUCAGAAGUUAGCGAACAGGACGUUGGCGAAACGACUGGUGGGCGAAACAACUGUAAACCGUCUGGAAGUUUGGGAUGCGGCGGCCUCAAAGGUUUGACGCGAUUCAGGUAGAGCCUCCCAGCAAAAGGAGGCUCUGUUCACAGGGUGUUGAAAGUGUUGCUGAAGAAGUUUGAUUUGAAAAGUAUUAUGCGAUUUCAUGCACAGACCCAAACAUUACAACCAUAAAUCGACUCUAGGAGUGCGAGGGCUUCCUCAGGCCGACGGCUUUAAACAUGGUGAUUUUAUGGUUGAUAGUCCUUCUUUAUGUCCUCUUCCUUAGUUGCCCUUUCUUUCUGCACUCAAAAUGAUGGAGGGAUUGAAGACACGCUACAAGGUGAUUGAUUACGACCUUUCUUCUCACGUAAAAGUUGUCUGGCUGGCGCGCAAGUUCUCUUAGAAGAUCAUUUUAUGAAAACAGUGACGUAGGCUUUACUGACCAGCAGAAAUUGUUCCUUGACCCUGAAAAAUGUCUCAAGGAAUUUCUAAUCAAACGACUGAAUGUAAGCGCUCUUCAGUCCGUUCAUCGCUAGCCUGUUUAAUGUGGAUGCUCUUGCAGUGUGUUCUCUCUCAGUGCUCUGUAUUACUGAGGUUCGACUAUAAUUUUUUAGGUUCAACCAUGUUUUCCUAAGUUUGGAGACUUGCUGUAUAAUAAGUGAAUGGUGAACGGAAAAACCGUUAGGGAUGCGUGAAUCUUGUACUGAGUUGGACAGCUGAUACGGUGACAUUCCAACAAAAUAUAAAAAAGUGUCGAAUGUUUUUAAGACACAAUGAAUUUUUCUUAACACUCAAGAAGGGUUAUACAGCCGAAACGUUGUUUCUUAAAAACAUUUGACACUUUUUUAUAUUUUAUUCGAAUAUCAUCCCAUUUGGUUUAUGGUAGCCAGCGAGCAAGCUCGCGUGAUGAGCACGUGGAGGGAGACACGCACGUUGCCUCCCGGUUAGGUUCGCUUCGCGUUCCACUCAAGGAGAGCUUGCUCGUAGGCUUGCUGAAUAAGUGAACCUCACUCUCUGCUUUGUCGGUUAUUGAACGAUCUGAGUAACGAACGAUUUGUUUAUCCUUAGACGCAGACAGCGAAGACUCUCCAUCGAGUGGGGGAAUCAUAAAAUGCAACAAAACAAAACGAGUACGGACCACAUUUACAGAAGAGCAGCUUCAGAUCCUUCAAGCGAAUUUUAACGUGGACUCCAAUCCGGACGGGCAGGACCUCGAGCGGAUCGCGCAGUUGACAGGACUCAGCAAAAGAGUCACACAAGUGUGGUUUCAAAACUCGCGCGCAAGGCAGAAGAAGUACGGAACACCGCUGUUCACAGCGAGCCCGCGAACUCCGAGCUCGGCUAGCUUUUGAUCUUUAGCGACAGUAAUUUAG